AGAUGUGCUAGAAGAAGCUGGAAUGUUGGCUUGUAAGCCUUCUAACAUUCCUAUGGAACCAAGUAUUAAACUGGUGGGUGAUGGUCCAGAACCAGUCAUUGAUGAUCCUGCCUCCUAUAGACGACUUGUUGGGAAACUGAUGUAUCUUACAAUAACUCGUCCUGAUAUCACUUUUGUUGUGAAUAAAUUGUGUCAAUAUACAUCAGCUCCUAAGGCGACACACAUGAAGGCAGCUCACAAAGUGUUGGCUUACAUUAAAGGCACCAUUGGGAAUGGUUUGUUCUAUUCUUCCACUUCUGAUUUUGUGCUAAAAGGAUUUACAGAUGCUGAUUGGGCUUCCUGCAAGGAUACAAGACGAUCAACAUCUGGCUACUGUGUGUUUUUGGGAGAUUCACUCAUCUCCUGGAAGUCUAAAAAGCAGCAAAUGGCUUCUCAUUCUUCUGCAGAAUCGGAGUACAGGGCCAUGCAGUAUGCUGUCAGAGAAAUAGUAUUUAAACAUCAGAUAGUUUGCACUUUUUUGACAUCGCUGAACUCCUCAAAGAUUUUCCUAAACUUGAAGCGAUAUUCUAAAUUUCACAUUUGCACCUCGAUUGGAUUUGGGAGAGUCAUCAUAAGGAGGAAAUUAAGAACAAUAGUUACCUUUUGAAGUUUCUCAAUGAAGUCAAAAUCAUUGGCUAUAAAGGCUAUAGGCAUGAGCUUGAUAUAGUAGAGUUCUUUGUGAAGAAUACACCAUCUCUUGUGAAGUUGGAAUUGGCUAUCCCCAAAAAGCAAAAACCAAAGCUCAUGCAACGAUAAAUUUCUUAAAAACCAUAUUUCCUGGAGUUAAACUUACAGAAGUUUAAGUUCAUGUUGUUCCCAAGCAUGCCAAACUAUAUUUUGAUGUUUUGAAACAUAAAAACAUAUUUUAUGUUUUUUCUU